AUGUCAUUAACUUCACCUACUUCAGAGAGUAAACAAAUUAAAGCUAUAGAAAUUUUUAAUGAUUUUGCAACUAUUGGUUUAAAUCAAGAAAAAAUAUUAACAUUACCUGAUUUUAUAAAUAUUUUAUCACCUUUUCAAACUGAUAUACCAAAAUCAACUUUUUCACUAUUAUAUUUAAUAGCAGAUACUGAAAAAAAGGGUUUCGUAAAUGAAUCAAAUUGGUUAAAUUUUAUAAAUACUUUAACUUCAACUGAUGGUGAAUAUAAAUUAUUAUAUAAAUUUUUAUCAAAUUCAAAUACUAUAAAUUCAAAAAUAAGUUAUAGUCAAUGUGUUGAUAUUUUAAAUAAAUUAAAUACAUCAAUAGAUCCAAAAUAUCAACAAAAAUUAAUAAAAUUAAAUUGGAUUUAUUUCCCAAAAUUUUUUGAACCUCAAGGUUUUAUUGAAUUUAAUGAUUUUGUUACUUUAAUAAGUUAUUUACCAGUAACUAAACUAAUUGGAAGUUUUGAUGUUGCAGCAAAUAAAAGUAAGACAGUAAACAGUGAACAAUUAAUUAAUUUAUUAACAUCAAAUUUAAAUCAUAAAUUAUCAAAUAAAUUAAAAAGUAAUUUACAUAAUGUAACUGGAUUUUUUGAUAAUAAAAGUUCUUAUUCAUUAUCAAAUGUAUUAUUUAUAUAUGAUACUUUAAGUAAAGUUGAUUUAAUUAAUGAAGUUAUAGUAAAUACUCCACCAACAAAUAAAGAAAAAGAUGAUAUUAUUAUAAAUAAACAAGAUUUAUAUAAUCAUUUAAAUGAUCCUUUAUUAAGAUCUGCAAAUUUUAAAUCAGUAAGUACAUUAGAAUUAGAUUUAUUAUUUUAUUUAAUUAAUCAAAAAUCUGGUGAUAAUAUAUCAAGAAAACAAAUGGUUUCAUUUUUAAAUCCAAAUUUUAAUAAUAAUUUAAGUUCUAUAGGACCAAUAUUUGAACAUCCUCAAAGUUCUUAUUCAACUUCUCAACCAAGUGAUAAUUUUUCUUUAUGGCCAAUUUAUGAUUCAUUAUAUUCAUUCUUUUUAGGUUCAAUUGCUGGAUGUAUUGGUGCAACAGCUGUUUAUCCAAUAGAUUUAGUUAAAACAAGAAUGCAAGCUCAAAAACAUAAAGCAUUAUAUGAUAAUUCAAUAGAUUGUUUUAAAAAAAUUUUAAGAGCUGAAGGUUUUAAAGGUUUAUAUUCAGGUUUAGGAGCUCAAUUAGUUGGUGUAGCACCAGAAAAAGCUAUUAAAUUAACAGUUAAUGAUUUAGUACGUAAAAUUGGUACAGAAGAAGAUGGUAAAAUUACAAUGAAAUGGGAAAUUUUAGCAGGUAUGUCAGCAGGAGCAUGUCAAGUUAUUUUCACGAAUCCUUUAGAAAUUGUUAAAAUUAGAUUACAAAUGCAAGGUAAUACUAAAAAUUUAUCAAAAUCUGGUGAAAUACCAAUAAAACAUUUAACUGCUUCACAAAUUGUAAAACAUUUAGGUAUAAAAGGUUUAUAUAAAGGUGCUACGGCAUGUCUUUUAAGAGAUGUACCAUUUUCUGCAAUAUAUUUCCCAACUUAUGCAAAUUUAAAAAAAUAUAUGUUUGGAUUUGAUCCAAAUGAUGUAACAAAAAAGCAUAAAUUAUCAACUUGGCAAUUAUUAGUAGCAGGUGCAUUAGCAGGUGCACCAGCAGCAUUUUUCACAACUCCAGCAGAUGUAAUAAAAACAAGAUUACAAGUUGCUGGUAAAAAGAAUGAUAUAAAAUAUAAAGGUAUAUUAGAUUGUGGUUUAGCAAUUUUCAAAACUGAAGGUUUUACAGCAUUUUUUAAAGGUUCAUUAGCAAGAGUAUUUAGAUCAUCACCACAAUUUGGUUUUACAUUAGCUUCAUAUGAAGUAUUACAAAAUUUAUUCCCAUUACAUCAACCAAUAACAAAAGAAUCUAAUUUUAAAGCAAUAAGUGGUUAUCCAGGAGUUUAUAAUUUAACAAAUGAUCAAGUUUAUAAAUCUCAAGAAAAUGAAGAUAGAUUAAUUCAUUUAAAUAAAUCAGAAAUUAACCCUAAUUCAACAUCAACAACAUCAACAAUUCAAGAUCAAAAUAAAUUAAUUAAAUUACCUGCUUCUUAUAUAUAUAAAUCUCAAGAUUCAAUUAAAUUAUUAUUAGAUAUAGAUUAUAAAUUUGGUAAUUUUAAUUAUCAAAGUUAUUUAAAUUAUAUCCAAAAGAAGUAA